AUGUCGAUAAAAACUGUUAAAGUCAGUGACGUUUCCUUGGGAGCAACCGAGCGGGACCUCCAGGAGUUCUUUUCUUUUUCUGGUGACAUUCAUUAUGUUGAACUACGGGGUCAUGAUGAACGAUCUCAAAUUGCUUACGUUACCUUCAAGGAUUCACAGGGGGCUGAAACUGCAGUCUUGCUAUCGGGAGCAACAAUAGUUGACCUGUCGGUUACAAUAACUCUCGAUCCAGAUUACCAGCUUCCACCUGGUGCUUUGGUUUCAUCUGUAAAUGAAAAUCAAACUCCUGGUGGUGCUGAAUCUGCCUUGCGGAAGGCAGAGGAUGUAGUCUCCAGCAUGGUAGCCAAAGGCUUUGUCUUAGGGAAAGAUGCUGUCAACAAAGCAAAGGCUUUUGAUGAGAAGCUCCAGUUAUCAUCAACGGCCUCGGCAACAGUUGCAUCUUUUGACCAAAAACUUGGGCUUAGUGAGAAAAUAGGAGCUGGUGCUACAGUUGUGAGUGAUAAAGUUCGAGAAGUGGAUCAAAAGUUUCUUGUUUCGGAAAAGACAAAAUCAGCAUUUACAGCUGCAGAACAGACAGUCAGUAGUGCUGGUUCUGCCAUAAUGAAGAAUCGCUACAUACUUACUGGGGCCACUUGGGUAACAGGUGCUUUUAGUAGGGUUUCUAAGGCAGCUGUGGAAGUAGGUCAGAAAACAAAAGAGAAAGUGGAGAGUGCAGAACAACAAGAGAAGAAACGGGUUGAUGACGAUCAGUAUGCACAUGUGCAGCCCCCAAAAGCAGCAGCUACAAGUGAGCCGAAGUCUCCCAAGUCUGGUCCUGCUCCUGCUCAGGGUCUGAUCCUUUGA